AUGGAAAUAGAAAAGGAACGCAUUUAUAUUACCCCAACAGAACUUGAGAAUCUAAGUGAUGCUCUGCUCUCCGGUGAUGAAGAAAAUGGUGGAUCUGAGGAACGAAAGACUGAAAUCAAUGGAAAUUGGAUUCCUGCAACUUCAAUUUCUGAAGCCAAAAUAAAUGCAAAAGCAAAGAGACGGCUGAGGAAAAAUUCUUCUAGAGAUUCUGGGAGAGGAGACUCUGUUAGCGACAAUGGAGAGACACUGAAGGCUGGAGUUGUACCAACGAGCCCAAAAGGGAAGCUCCUGGACAGGCGAUCCCGGUCUGGAAAGGGAAGAGGUCUACCAAAGAAAGGUGGAGCAGGUGGUAAAGGAGUUUGGGGAACACCGGGUCAAGUGUAUGAUGUGGAAGAAGUAGAUAUUAAGGAUCCUAAUUACGAUGAUGACCAGGAGAACUGUGUCUAUGAAACAGUAGUUUUACCUCUGGAUGAAAGAGCAUUUGAAAAAACAUUAACACCAAUCAUACAGGAGUAUUUUGAACAUGGAGAUACGAACGAAGUGUCGGAGAUGCUGAAGAAUUUAAACCUUGGUGAAAUGAAAUACAGUGUGCCAGUGCUGGCUGUUUCCUUGGCAUUAGAGGGGAAGGCUAGCCACAGGGAAAUGACAUCUAAGCUUAUCUCUGACCUCUGUGGAACAGUAGUAAGCAAAACUGAUGUGGAAAAAUCCUUUGACAGACUGCUCAAAGAACUACCGGAAUUGGUUCUGGAUUCUCCCAGGGCACCACAGUUGGUGGGCCAGUUCAUUGCUAGAGCUGUUGGAGAUGGGAUACUGAGCAGUACCUACAUUGAUGGCUACAAAGGCACUGUGGAUUGUGUCCAAGCUCGAGCUGCACUGGACCGAGCUACUGUGUUGCUGAGCGUUACAAAGGGCGGAAAGCGCAUAGACAACAUGUGGGGAUCAGGAGGUGGCCAGCAGUCUGUGAAACACCUUGUUAAAGAGAUCGAUAUGUUGCUGAAAGAGUAUUUGCUCUCUGGAGAUGUACUGGAAGCUGAACGUUGUCUUCAGGAACUGGAAGUACCCCAUUUUCACCAUGAACUGGUAUAUGAAGCUGUUGUGAUGGUUUUGGAGUCAACAGGAGACAAGACCUUCAAAAUGAUCCUGGAUUUGUUGAAAUCUCUCUGGAGGUCUUCUGUCAUUACUAUGGACCAAAUGAAAAGAGGCUAUGAACGAGUUUACCGUGAAAUCCCAGACAUUAACCUAGAUGUGCCACACUCCUAUUCUGUGCUUGAGCGGUUUGUAGAGGAAUGCUUUCAGGCUGGAAUAAUCUCCAAACCACUGAGAGACCUCUGUCCUUCAAGGGGCAGAAAGCGCUUUGUGAGUGAAGGAGAUGGAGGUCGUCUUAAGCUGGAAAGCUACUGAAUGUGAGAACCAACUCUUGAAGCCUUAAAAGUUUAAAGGGAAAGUAGAUAUCCAUAUACAUACAAACACACAUGCUUUUUUUUUUUUGGUGUGUGUAUGUAUGUAUGCACAGACAUAAUAUACCAAAAUUUUAAAGAGUUGCUUAGCACAGUUCAUAUUUUUCUAAAAGCACGUUUUGGGUACAAAUUGG